UGUGUGUGUGUGUGUAUAUCUGUCUGUCUUAGUGCUGAUUGGGCGCUCAGGUUGGACAGUGAACGCCCUGCCGUUUAUGCGCAGCCCAGCCUUUCAACUCCGCCGCCUUUUGGCUUCCAUUCACGAGCUUUUUCUACUCAUUUCCUAAGCCAGGUGCGUCGCAAAAGACGACAAACCUCCGAGAGGGAAGAGAAAACACACACACACACACGCGCGCGCGCAGACAGGCACACACACACAGACACCCAGAGUUCACUCGGCGACCGCGGGACUUUUUUUUGCCUCACCUCGGCGGAUGUUUGGCUGCUGUACUCUGUGUUGAGAAGGAAAGAAACAUUUCUAGAGAUUUUGCCGAAACUCGAAAGAGUUGCGCGGUUUGGAUGUUUUUUUUUUUCCUUUUUUUUUUUUUCACUGAUGCCUUUUUUACAGUUCUUCUUCGACUCUCCAGAAGUGGCAUGAUCGGCGUCCUUCAGCAAGACAGGUGAAUAAUUUUUCUCCACUCGGUUUUGGUGGCAUUACCAUUUUUAAAGUUAUUUUUUUAACAAGGACUGAACGCUGUGACUGUCGCCUAAAAAAAAAAAGCCAUGUCAAAACCGGCCGAUCACAUCAAGAGACCCAUGAACGCCUUCAUGGUAUGGUCCCGCGGCCAGAGGAGGAAAAUGGCCCAAGAGAAUCCCAAGAUGCACAACUCUGAGAUCAGUAAGAGGCUCGGUGCCGAGUGGAAGCUUCUCUCCGAGUCUGAGAAGCGGCCCUACAUUGAUGAGGCCAAGCGGCUACGCGCGCAGCACAUGAAAGAGCACCCGGACUACAAGUACCGGCCGCGCCGCAAACCCAAGAACCUGCUCAAGAAGGACCGGUAUGUGUUCCCACUACCCUACUUGGGCGAUGCUGAGCACUUGAAAGCACUUCCGGUUUCCGGUGCCGACUCGUUGCUGGUUUCCGGCUCGGAAAAAGCGCGCGCGUUCUUUCCGCCGGCGGCCUCUGCGCCCUACUCGUUCCUUGACCCGAGUCAGUUCAGCUCCAGCGCCGCGCAGAAGAUGGCCGAUAUGCCACACGCCCUUGCCGCUGCCGCCGCCGGCUCGCUGCCCUACGCCUCCUCGCUCGGCUACCAGAACGGCCCGUUCGGCGGCCUGGCGUGUCCGGGCCAGCACACACACACACACCCGUCACCCACCAACCCGGGCUACGUGGUGCCCUGCAACUGCACAGCGUGGUCGGCGGCGUCCAGCCUGCAGCCGCCCGUCGCCUACAUCCUCUUCCCCGGCAUGGGGAAGAGCGGGAUCGACCCGUACCCGACCGCACACGCCACGGCCAUGUAAAAUAACCAUGUGGGAAAAAGUUCAGCAGAGGGACAAUUUUUCACUUUGGAAACUUGAACCACGUAAAACACACACGCACUCACUUUCUCACACACUCUCUCUCUCACACACACACAUACACACGAUUUCACACACAAUCACAUAAAGAGGAUCGAAGUUACAAGAGCAAACAUACGGUCGGGGUGUCCGAACUUUCUAUCAUGUUAAAACUAAAGGCACUUCUGCUUUUUUGAACCUAAAAGACGUUUUUGUCUGGAAACUGUAAUGAUGUAAAAUAAAUAAAUGAAUGAAUAGCCACAUUAACAGAGGGUCUUCAGCGCAGAAGAAAACGCACUGCUCUCCGGAAAGCUUCAGUGAUGAGACCCUUCAUUAAAAAAAAAAAAAAAAGAGGAAAAAGACAUUUUUUUUUCUUUUGGAAACUUGAACGAUGUUAAUGAAAAAAAUAAAUAAAACAGGUUAUAAAAACAGUUAUUAAACAGCCCAAAAAAGACGCUGUUGCUCUAUGAAAACUUGAAACGCGUAAACUGACCCAAGGGUCCCUGUUUGCAAGCUUGAUGUCUGUGCUGCAUGAAGCAACCAGAUAGACGAGCGAAGCCCCUCGCAGAGGCCCAGAGGACUUUGAGACCUGGAGAAAAACUUUCGCUUUCUCAAGCCCGUUUUUUUUUUUUUCCCGUCUUUUUCUCCUCCGGACCCCUCCAUGGGAACUUGGGAGUAGAUGUGAGAGAUCAAGGAGCCCUGAACUGUAAGAAAUGUAAAUGUUAUAACAUUUAUUAACGGCUUUCCGAUUAAGGAUGCCUUUAACUUUAUUUAUUAUGUACAUUUUUAAUGCUAUACUAAUAACUUUUGUUUAGUUAUAUUAUUAUUAUUAUUAUUAUUAUUUUGAAAGCCCGUUUGGUUUGCACAAGUGACUCACCCUUCGUAUCUCUUGUAUAUUGUACUUAUAUUUUAGCACUCAGAUAAAAUGGUUUGGAUCAGGCAUUGAACUUUUUGGAGUUGGAUGAACAUACGGGUUAUAUUGUUGACAGGCUAUUUAUCAAACUGGUGCAUAAAAUUAGAAGAACCACUUUAAGCAUCAAAUGAAUUUUAUUAUUUUUUUUUUUUUACAUUUUUUUUCCUUUAUUUUUGUUUUCUUUUUUUCCGAAUUGUGGUUCAGUGCUUGUCACAAUUCACCGGAAGAAGACGAAGCUGGAGUUUGGAAAAAAAAAAAAAAAACGAAGCAGUUAAUGUUGUGGUUUUAUUAUGAUUAUUAUUUUUUAACUGCGAUGGUCAUUUAAAAGCUGUAAUAAUGUUAUGGAAAGGAAUAUGUAUCCAAGUUGGUGAUACCUCGAUUCUUUGUUCAUUUGCCUGAGCAAAGACAUUUUGAAUAAAGACAAUCUGUCUUCAAAAAUUAUA